UAUUAUACCUUCCAAACAAACCCUGUCAUUUCUUUUAUCUCCGCUCCUUCCAUCUCCGCCGUACCAUGUCGGAAGCACCACCGUCUCAGACACCGCCUCAAGCCGCUGACGCACCUCCGCCGCCAUACUGGUGCUAUCACUGCGAGAAGCGCGUUUCCGUUGAAACGCCCGCCAAUCUCCCCGACGUCGUCUGCGGAGAGUGCAAAAACGGCUUCGUGGAAACCAUCCCCACGCCGUCGCGCUCGCGCACGCCCUCCGCCUCCUCCGAUGACCCUUACUUUGGCUCGCAGUUCCUCCAGGUGCUUCGCCUCAUCGCGCAAUCUGCACGUGAUGAUGACGCGUCGCCGCCGCCGCCGCCGAGCCGUUCUCCGGAGACCGAUUUCCUCAGGAUCGAGCUGGGCGGCUGGGACAACGAAGAGGAGAACGAAAUCGAGAACGAUGACGAUAACGGCGACGAGGAGUUCGAGGAGCAUGAGGAGGCGGAGGAUCGCUCCGGCAACGAGGAUCCGCACGGAGAUGACGAGGAUCUGAGAAGGAGAAGGCGCGAGCUGCUUCGUCUUCGGAUUAGGGAUUUGGCGACGCGCACGAGGAGCAUGCGGAACCGGAUCUUGGAUUGGGCAGAAAUUCUGAUGGGCCUGGAGGACAAUUCCAUUGAGUUCCGCCUCAGGGUGCCGGAAUCCGACCGCUACGUCGGGAAUCCGGAGGAUUACGUCGACGCGGCGGAGUACGAGGCGUUGCUGCAGACGCUGGCGGAGACCGACGGCGGAGGCAGGAGAGGAGCGCCGCCGGCGUCGAAGUCGGCGGUGGAAGCCUUGCCGACGGUGAAGAUUGCGUCGGAGAGUGAAACUGUGGUGUGCGCUGUAUGUAAGGAUUUGCUGGGUGUUGGAGAGGCCGCUAAGAGGUUACCGUGCGGGCAUCAGUAUCAUGGAGAUUGCAUUGUUCCUUGGUUGAGCUCUAGAAAUUCUUGCCCUGUUUGCAGGUUUGAGCUUCCAACGGAUGAUAGGGAAUAUGAGGAAGAGAGAGUGGUUAAUGCUGCUUCUUCGAAUUCGAACGGAGCUUCGAGUUCCGGUGGAGGUGGAAGGACCAUUGUUUGAUUCCGCUUGGUAUGUUCCGUUUUGCUCCGCUCUCUUCUGUCCUGCCAUUUCUGUAAUAUAUUUCGUGCUUUCUGAAUUUCUUCUUUUUUGUUAGUGGAUUUUCAUCAAAGCUUGCACCAUGUUAUUAUUUAUUUGAAGCUUUUAUUAUGUAGUUGGCUUCUUAGCUAUCGGAUGCUAAGAUACUUGUAUAUAGCACAUUUGAAUCAAUGUGAUCAGAUCACACUACCUCAA